AUGACCUGCUGCGCUCCAGAUGGCGACGAUACGUUUCUGAUGCCGCUGAAGAAGAGAAAACAUCUACGCUGUCCGGGCGACGGUCAGUCGCCGCGCGAGAGGCGAUGCGGCAACGUGGGCCCAGACAAGUACGGCGCGCUCAGGCCCCGCGCGCGUAGCGCAUGCGCUGCAGACGACUGCGACCCGGCACCGAAGCAGGUGACAUUCCCCGGACCAUGUUUCGAGGACUCCGCCGAGUGGCAGUCUACCAAGUCGACGGCGGCGGGCCUGUUCCAGGCCCUGGGCCAGUAUUACGACGAACCGUGGUUCCCGACCGUGAUCAACGAAUGGUCCACACUUUAUUACCAAUGCAGCCACGCGUGCGAUUACUGGGAGUAUCGGGAAGAGUGGCUGGCCGGCGACGAGGAGGUUCGGUUGACCAUAUGGUCCGAGGUGCUCGAGUACAGAGAACAACACGAGAGGCAGCUAGACGGAUGCACCACUGAGGUUCGUACGUCAGUUCGGUAUCAGUGUUGGAACUAUAGCGGGGGGCGUGUAACGAAAACCCAUGGAUGCCCAAACAAGGCCAACGAUCGAUUCGACCUACAUCACAAGAAUGUAGAACCCUUAUGUGAGGAGGAUCUACCAUCCACAGAUGAGAGGGCACGAGACGAAGCCGAGGCAACUGAAAUAGCUCUCGCGGAUCCGGAUGACAACCCUGACUGGGUGGAAAUGCGGCGCAAGAUGCGUGGCUCGUUCGCGGCGCUGAACGUAGCCCGAUGCGAAGUCAGUGCUGAGCUACUAGACCACAUCAUGAUCGAACUGUGCAAGUACUGGGCUAAUGCACCUGAAACUGAGAACUCCUGUCUAAUCGAUCAGCAACUGGAGCGGAACAUCAUUCGAGAGAUUCAAAACUUUCGAUUUAAAUUAUUUGACGUGGCCGUUAUAAUUGAACCGGAAAUACAGCAGCGCGGUCCGGAUGCGUGUCAAGAGCCGGAACCUUACAGGAAGCAGGAAACUUGUCAGAAAUCAGAACCAUGUCGGAAGCCUGAAUCUUGUGGAAAUUCGGAACCAUGCACUCCACCAGAGCCGGAACCGUGUUCCCCACCAGAGCCGGAACCGUGUUCCCCACCAGAGCCGGAACCGUGUUCCCCACCAGAGCCGGAACCAUAUGCUCGAUCAGAGCCAAAACCAUGCUGCCCAAAAAAGCCAGAAUCUUGUCGUCUGCAGAAACCGGAACCAUGCUGCCCACGGAAGCCAGAUUCUUGUCGUCUGAAAGAACCGGAACAGUGUUGCCCUCAGAAACCGGAAUCGUGUAAAAUGCUGGAACCUUUGCAGAAGCCGGAACCGUGCUGCCCAACGAAGCCGGAACCGUGCUGUCCAAAGAAGCCGGAAACAUGCUGCCCAAAGAACCCGGAAUUAUGUUGCUCACAGGGGCCAGAAUCGUAUUGUUCACAAAAUCCUGUACCGUGCUGUCCAAUGUCCCCACCUAAACCUAAGUGCUGCGCCCGCAGACGAUCUACGAAAACAAAGUUGGCUGAAGCCCGAGCUCGGCAUAACGCUACACAAGUUCGGGAUCGUGACGUUACAACUGGAUGGUUAGGUGGGAACCCCCACCAAUAA